CACUUAAGCCCCGGCUUAGUGAUAACAAACUUUGCAUUUUCAUUCGGUGUUUAGUAUUAAAGCAUUUAGAAAGAUUUUUUCUUUUCUGCAACAUAGCUCUACCAUUCUGAGGAUAACACCUCGCGUUUAUUCAACCAUGACGGUCAUAUCGUUGAUUUCUACUACCAAAUGUUUCGGGGGACUCCAGAAGGUGUACUCGCACCAGUCGAAGGAGUUAGCAUGCGAAAUGAAAUUUGCCAUCUUCCUGCCGUCGGCCGCGGACGAUCGUAAGCUGCCCGUUCUCUACUGGCUGUCGGGGUUAACUUGCAAUGAAACCAACUUUAUUCAAAAGGCCGGUGCCCAGCGUUACGCCACCGAGAACAAUCUGAUCAUCGUCUGUCCCGACACCUCGCCCCGAAAUGUUGAAAUCGCGGGGCAGGACGAUUCGUGGGACUUCGGCUCCGGGGCCGGAUUCUACGUCGACGCUACGCAGGAACCGUGGAGUAAGCACUACCGUAUGUUCAGCUACGUAACGCAGGAGCUGAUCGAGGUGGUGAACAACAACUUCCCAACGGUGGCCGAUAAGAUAAGCAUCUCCGGCCACAGCAUGGGUGGUCAUGGGGCGCUUAUCUGUGCACUGAAAAACCCCGGCCUGUACAAAUCUGUUUCGGCGUUCGCUCCCAUCAGCAACCCUAGCAAGUGCCCGUGGGGAGAAAAGGCUUUCGGCGGUUACCUGGGAGCGGACAAGAAAGAUGAAUGGAAAAACUGGGACGCUUCCGAAUUGGUAGCCAGCUACAAUGGUCCACCGCUGGAGCUGUACCUUGAUCAGGGAUCGGAAGAUAGUUUUCUGAAAGAUGGCCAACUGUUGCCUCAAAAUCUAGUCGAUGCCUGUCGUGCGGCCCAGGUGCCUUGUGUUCUAAACAUGCGCGAAGGGUACGACCACAGCUACUUCUACGUUGCUUCAUUUAUUGGCGAGCAUAUCGCUUACCACGCCAGACACCUGCAAUAGAGAAUUUGCCGUGUCCCUCUCGAAGCUGAAUGAUGAAUGAUGAAGCAAUAAAGUGUUGAAUUUUAUUUCUUUUA